AUGGAGCGCCGAGACGGUUCCGCUGGCUCGUGUGUACGCGGCGAACGAUUCCCGGCGAGGCCCACCCAGGUCCUCGUGCGCUCGCUACCCCGGCCCCGACUCCUACUGAGACCCGGCCACCACCUGAACAUGGACCCCGCCAGCCAAGGUACCCGCAAGGUCCUCCCCCUUCGCCGCAUAUGGGUCUGGUCGCCUCGAGCUCCACCCUUCCCGGGACCGUGUCUCGACUCCUUGUCCCUUCAGUCCCUGCCCGACGGUGGCCCCUUUUCAGCUCCCAGCCCCUUGUCCUCUGAGAUCCCGAACCCUCCCUCCGGGACACUUGUGGAAGGCGCCCGGGGAGGGGAGGUGAAACCGCCCCGAGUUUCAGCGCAGCGCCCCGUGGGUGACAACGCUGCUGGGGCCCAGCCUGCUUGGGGACCGUCACAUGGGGAGAAGGGCGGGAGAGCCUUUAUAGUCAUCCCCCUACUUAGCAGACUCAGAGAAAGGGGACCGAUCCAGCUGGAAGAACUCUUGCCCCCUGGGUACAUCAACCUGAACUCUCCUCAUAAAAGCCUGCUGUCUGAGUCCAUGAUGGAUGUCCCUGUUGAUACCGGUGUAGCUGCCCGGACUCCUGCUGCCGAGGGCCUGACAGAAACUGAAGAGGAGGAGCUCAGGGCUGAGCUUGCCAAGGUGGAAGAGGAGAUUGUCACUUUGCGCCAGGUUCUGGCGGCCAAGGAGAGGCACUGUGGGGAGCUGAAGAGGAAGCUGGGCCUCUCUGCCUUGGAUGGGCUGCGGCAGAACCUGUCCAAGAGUUGGCAAGACAUGCAAGGCUCCAGCGCCUACAUGAAAACUUCUGAGAAACUUGGAGAGUGGAAUGAAAAAGUGACCCAGUCCGACCUCUACAAGAAGACUCAGGAAACCAUUUCCCAGGCAGGACAGAAGACGUCGGCCGCCCUGUCCACUGUGGGCUCUGCCAUCAGCAGGAAACUUGGUGACAUGAGCAGCUACUCCAUCCGCCACUCUGUCAGUAUGCCGGCCAUGAGGAACUCUGCCACCUUCAAGUCAUUUGAAGAUCGUGUCGGGACCAUAAAGUCUAAAGUCGUCGGUGGCAGAGAGAACGGCGGUGACAACCUUCCUUCUCCAACAGGAAGUGGAGACAAGCCCCUGGCGGACCCCACCCCUUACUAA